UUCAAAUUGUUGAAGAGAAAAAAUUUGUUUUUCGAAAUGUUUGUCCGUCGUAAAAGUUUUCCGUACGAUUUUCCAUAAAAGUUCUUCUCAUUUUAAAUCACCAAUUACAUUUAACUCAUUCAUUUAUAUUUAAUAAAGAAAAUAUUUCCAUCGUUCGUUCUUCUUCACUGCACUACACCAACCAACACAGCACCCCUGACUGUGUAGCAGCACCAGCAUCAGCUACGACAGCGCCAGCAGAAGCAUAGACACAAUAAAAACUAAACAAAAACGAAAACGAAAACAAACACGUAAAAUAAAAACAAUGUCCAUUAAGAUAGAUCGAGCAUCCAUUCAAAAACUAGGCCAUGAAACUCAAGAAAUACGUCUCCGUACUCUUGAGCAAAUCGAAAACAAGGUUGCACGUGCCCUAACACACAACGAACGCAUCGAUUUCCGUCCAGGCGAGUUAAUUAAGUAUUUAAUAAGAUGGUUUGCCUUUCAGCCCCUCCAAGCCAAGGAUGUUGUCUUAAAUUUAAUUAUGAUUAUAUUGAAAAGUCCAUAUCGCCAAGAGGUGAUUGAUUAUUUGGGAGAGGAACGUCUCAAAAAAGAAUUGGGUAAAGUAAAAAUUCUGGUCAAAAGCACUCCCGAGGUGCAACUAGUCGCUGAGAUUUUAACAAUGCUCGAGAAAAACGUCAACGAAGUAAUAGAAAUAAGCGAUUCUUUAAGUAUCUCAGAUAGCUAUGAUAGUUUGUCGAUUCGUGAUUUGGAUAUCGGCGACAAUAACAUGGGCGGCUUCAGCAACGAUAUGGGCUAUGAAAUUGCGUGGUCAAAGGCUUCUGUUCCAGAUUAUAAUUCUCUGAAAGUCAUAAGUGACAUUCUAAAGACUACAAAUAGUUCGGCAUCCGAUUUGCACAAUGCUCUGCAACACAUACAAAUAACAAUUGAUGAUUAUCCGGCUGAAUACUUUCUCCAGCCUCCGCACAUCUUCCAAAAUCUUCUCGAGUUGUUUGAGAGUGGUAGUUCGGCAUUUGAAGAUCUAUCAGAGACAUUCAUAUGCAUAUGUAAAUCGCUGCUCGGUAGGUUGAGGACACGAAGAAAAGCGGUUGCAUUUUUCUCCUCUAAACCACCAGGCAUUCCCGUCCGAACCCAACUGAGUGUGUCAACAGUUUGCUUCCGGCUGCUAGAACUCUGCAUGAGCUAUCUUAAGUUUAAUCUAUUCACUAUAGAAAAGAGCAGUUUCAAUGUGUUUCGCCUGAUUAUGGAGGUCUUUCGCAUAAUCGAAAUGCUUCCCAGCGAGGAAUCGCCUGCGAUCGAAGUUUUCUUCGAGGAGCUUAGCACGGUGGCCCGGAACUUAAGGGCAUCAUUCGAGGAAGAAGCCUUCCCCGUAAUGAAUCGCGUCAAAUACCUUCUGGUUCUCUUUACAAUGAGGAAAAUUCUAGGAAAUGCAAAAUAUAGCAACACUCGGCCUGGGGAUGAGCUGAAAAUAGCUUUGCUCGACCUCCCCCUAUCGAAGAUGCUCCCCGAGCAAUAUGCGCAGAUUCUAAAGGUCUUCCAAGAGAAUGUUGAUGCAGAUGUAGAAAAUCUUCUGAAAUCACACGAAGUACUCAAGUUUUACGCCGAACCUCAAGGCAUCUCCGACGAAAAGAGCAUAGACCAAGGUCUUGAAAUCCUGGAGGCAUUUGCAAUUCACGAGAACAUGGAUUUGAUUGAGAGAACUUUUAAGGCUGUCAUAAAGAGCGUUCCUCUCUACGCCGGCAACAGGCAGCUUAGGAAAAAAGCCGACGCCCUCCUCAUGCGAAUGUUCUGCCAUCAUAGCUCAAAGGUUAGAAUCUUUACCUAUCAGGAGUCUGCAAAUGCCAUGAAAAAAUACUUCGCGUGCCUCCUGAACGGAGAGUGUGCCUAUGUGGGGCAGAACAAUCUUAAACUUGUCGAAAAUCAUAUCCUGGGGUUUCCUCUUACCGCAGAACUGCUCACUGAAAUUGCAACAUCUGGCUUUGAAGAUGCCACUUUGCGAAAACUCGCCGAAGAUAUCCUGUUUCUCCCCGUCAAAGGACGUCCAAUGCUCGGUGAAGAAGGUUGGACUAAAAUGCUGGACAUAUUAUUGCCGAACAUUCCACUCUAUCAGUGCCUUACACAAUCGCCGAAGAUAACUGAAGGAAUUCUCAAGCUUCUCGAUCCGGAUGCGAAUUGCUUGCCGCGACUGGAGAUAAUUCGAGGUAAUCUGCGAUUUCUCUUUCAUCCUGAUGCCGAUAUUCGUUCGGAAGCUCUCGCUCGAAUCAUUUACAUCCUUACAUCGCACUCAGGAGCUGGGGCAAUGCUCCCAAAUCUAAUGGAAAUAAGUGACAUUCUACCGAAUGACUGUUGUUUGCUGGAAGUUCCCCGCGACAUUGAUCGUAUCUUCUGCGGAGGCUUCUAUGAGCCGUCGAUUGUUCCCAAUCUAAUGCAACUUUUGAUGGCUUCCGAUGUUGAGCCACAAAUUCGAAAGACUGUCCUCAUGCAAUUGAAUGUUGUUGGCCAAGAAGUGGCUCUGAAUCGUUUGAUAUUCGAUGCAGGUGGAUGGAUGACAUGUCUGCAAUCCCUGCAAGGAGCACUUUACAAACAAUCCCAUACCGACUAUCCAGAUUCGGUAGUGCCAAUUGUGGGUAUUCUAUCGAAGCUGCUUUUUUGUGAUGGCCAAUUCCGUCAAGAACUAGCCAAGGAGGAGAAUGUCUUCAUUCUUCUUACUCGAAGUCUGUUUCUGUAUGUAAAUGACAUUACCCUGAAACAGGAUGUAUCGCUGUGUUUGUUUCUUCUGUUGUACAGUUCGGUGAUUGUCGGGACAAAAACUCUCACAGUGCCAAAAGUCUUGAAGAAUCUUCGACUACCAGUAAAGUGUCAAUUACAAUCAACCGCUGCUUGCAGUGGAAAGAAAACUGUCCUGGAGAAAUUAUAUCUCGGAGACGAAACACCCUCAACAGGUGACCUCAAAUCUACUCAAUGCUUCAUCAGAAUGACCAUAGCCGAUCUGAGAUUUAAGGGUGGCCUAGAAAACGCCAAACCAUCAACGGAAUACACCCCGAGCUUGACUAAAUCUGAUCUCCGUCUCAUAAAAUCCACCUCAAUGACUGAGAAUAUUACCAAAUUCUUAAAGUACGCCUCCAAUGCAACCGAACACGAACAAAUCAUGGACAGCAUUACGUCUAUGCGAUUGAUACAGCUCCUAUGUGGCGGGAAUGCCAUGAGUUCGGAUUUAGUAACAAAGACUUUUAAAAGAUUUAUCCUAAACACAAAUCAAUUGGUUUUGCUGGAGGACACAGUGGAACUUUUUUCCACACUCGUUCAAGUGAAUAAUGAAACCAUCAUAACUUGGUUGUUAUCAAUCCUGGGAGAGGAACAGACUCCAUUGUUAAGACUUCUUUCGAAUGAAACAGAAACUUCUCUUAGUCUUCAUCGGAAAAUUUGUGGCCUUCUGUCUGAGGUAUUUCAGAGAGCUCCCCCAACUGAUCAAUCUCAAAGCCGCCUCGAACUCGAAGUCUUCGAUACCCUGAUGUCCAUUACUGAGGAACACUUUAAGAACCGGGAUUUGGAUCGAACACGCUGUGUCUUGGGAGUGCUGCAAGUUAUCUCGGGUCGUCGAUCUUUACAGAAGCUUCUUUCUCGAAAACAGGUGCACUCCACGUGCAAGAAACUUUUCUUUUUCACCAUCGCCCUCAAGUCCUUCACCCAGACUGGAUCGGAUUUGCAGAAAAACGCCCUCCUCAUUAUCUCCAGUCUAUCGGCCAUUACUCCUGACUUCCAGCUAAAUGGUACUUAUUUGAAGUACUUGUCAGGUUUGGGGGGACACAAUGACUACCAAGUGCGCACCUUAGCCUGGUGCAUUUUGGCUCGAAUUGCCAAAAGUGAAGAGGGAGCCGAGGCUCUGAUCAGAGAAUUAGAUUUCCUGCCGGGAGGCUUCCGAGCCUGUUGUCUGAGCACUUUGCUGGAUCAAACCGAGGUUGCAAUGGUGAGGCAAUUGGCAGGGCUCUUAUUCGCUGACUUACUCAACAAUGGAACUCAAUUCGAUAAAGUCCAUGAAAUCGUUCAAAAACAUGAUUUCUAUCGAAUAGCUCUCGCCUCCCUAAAAUACUUCUAUCCGGGUGAGCUUAUUUCAACAGCCGAUCACCGCGAGGAGAUAACAACUUGCGAUAUAGUUCGCGCCUACAGCAAAAUUUGUAUCCAAUUGAUUGAACUUAAGUCGUCAUUCUGUGCGGAAUUAUGUAAGAAACCGAUCAUGGGAAAACUCUAUCAAUUGGUCAAGUGUCCACCUGCCAAAGAGGAACAACAAAAAUCAUUCGCAUCGAUGGUGGGUGAAAUUUGCAAUUUAUAUUCACGUUUUAGUCGAAGUCAUUUGGCCUUUUUGCAAACCACUCUGUGUCGUGAUCAUGAUUUCCUCAAUUAUCUUUGUUCGUUCCUGUGCACCUCACAUCCCCAACAACAUCUUAUGAGCAUGUUGAAUCUGCUCAUGGUCUUGUCCAAGGAUCAAAUUGGUUUUCAGUAUAUUUGUGAGAGUUUUGCUGGAAAUUCCGAGAAAAUAAUCAAACUGGUAACAGUUUCUUUGGAGACAUCGCUAUCGAUUUCUUUACUGCAGCCCACCUGCCUGGCAUUCAUCACGUUCCUGCUGAUCAAGUGUCAACAGAGAAAUGUCGAACAUGAAUGCUUCAGUGACACUCUGGAAACAACCAUCACCGAUUCAACACAAAUGAAAUAUGCAGCUCAAGUGUUAUUCCUUCAAUUAAAUAAACUCCUCCUGCAUAAUUAUCCUCUGAAAACGGCCAAAUUUGACUCGCCGCCGAGUGCCUUAAAAGUGCUACUUUGCGAAGCCAUAGCAGUUCUCUUGAAAACAUCUGAAAAAGCCCGAAUCACGGCAAAAAACAUAAAAUUCCUCGAUAAGAUUCUGUUGAUUUUUAACUCGUUCUUAGAGAGUAUCCAAGUGCCUUGUACGACAUUUGUUCGUCGCUAUAGUGAGGCCAAGAAGUUGGCCGUCAUAAAACACCUGAGUCUGCUGUACGGCAUCAUUCUGAACUGGUUUUCAGUUGAUGUACUCACGGAUGAACUGCAGGUGGUUGAACUUACCAAAGUUCUCAUUCAAACAUGGCCGUGGCAGAAUCAUUCGAACGAUAUUCGAAUUCUAUACCUCAAGUCCUUGGCUUUUCUGAGUGAGAAAUCGGUGCCUGUGUGUCGUCAGUUUUCCGUUCCGACUUCGAGCAAUGCAAACACCCUGCUGCAGAUGCUUCUCAAACUCCUCACCAUGGAGACGAACAAGGUCAAGUCUUUGGACUCGAAUUCAACGGCGCUGAUCAAAAUUGGCCUUCGAACCGUCAUGAACUGCUGCUCGUGUCAGGAAGGACGAAUGGCUCUGAUUAAAUUGCACGCUUUGGACAUAAUCGAUUCUGUGCAUCCGUUCAAUCCGAAAAUUCCCAAAUCGAAGAAUGACAUACUUGUGGCGUGGCUCUCGUUUUGGGAACUCUUCUCGCGAUACCCCGAGGGAGCCGUUUGUCGUAACAUAAUCGGCCUAUGCACAGUCAUCAACAAAUGCCAUGAUCCCACUCUGCGACUCAUUGGAUUGAAAAUUCUUCGCAAUAUGACAUUCCUGCCCAACAAUCGCACUAAUCUCCUCGCUUCCGCUGACUUCCUAUACACUGUCAAUAAUAUCAUAACAAAUAGUGAAUGCUAUUCGGAGCGUUUGGUCACAUGUACGGCACUAUGGCGACUCAUAUCUGGCGGAGCAAAAUAUGCGGCCACAAUAAAAAAUACUAAAAUGACAAAGAAACUAAACGCAAUACUUGAAGAUUUGACUGGAGGAGGAGGAGAACUGCACCAUAGUAGUGCCGCUAAUCGAUGUCAAGCUAAGGAUUUGGCAAAUGUUAUUGAGAUUAUAUUAAGAAUUUUAAAUAGCUAGCGGUUCUUUUUUUAUGUUUUCAAUUUUUUUUAUAAUUUAAAUAACUAUGUGUCUUCUUUUAUGUUGCAUUGUGUUAGAUUUAAGGUUUUUAUUUUUUAAUUGUAAAAGAGACAAAAAUGUUUUUGUUUCGUUUCUAUUUUUCUACUCGAAAAUGUUGUGUUCAUAAAAGAAACAAAAGAAAACAACAUCAAAAGGAUGAAGAUUGAGCAGAAUAAUACAAUAAAACUUUUUCUAUGUUUAAUACA